GGUAGCCAGAGGAGCUCGCCACUUUGCCGGGUUGUCACUUCCUGGCCCCGUCCCUCGGUCAGUCCCGCACAAAGAUUUCAGCUUGGCUCGUCUUUAUCAUCUGGGAAAUAGAGAGCCGAGCGACCAUGGGGGCCUCUUCUCGGGUUCUGUUCCCUCUGGCCCUCGUCCUGCUAGUGGGCAUAAUUUUCUUGCUCCAAGGAACCCAAGCUAGAACGCCUCUGGAUGAGCUGUCGAGCCGCGUGUGCCACAGUCUGACGUGCGGGGAGCCUGACGCACAGUAUCCGCACCCGACCUACUGCGUCCUGUACGUCCACUGCAUCGCCGGCGUGCCCUUCGUCAAGAGAUGUCCCUCCAACCUGCACUACAACGCUGCUCGGGGGUCGUGCGACGUCCCGAAGGAGGCACACUGCGUCCCCUUCAAGAGGUCGUGCAAUCUUCGGGUGCCCUUCGUUCCCGAUGGUCCCACGGAUGGACUGGUGACGUGUGACUGCGGGGGCACCUGUACGAAGCCUCAUCCCUACCGCUGCGAUGCUUACUACCACUGUGACACUAAAGGCGUGGAGCACCUGACGGAGUGUCCUAACGGCCUUAUGUACAACGCCCGGGCCGAGCAGUGCGACGCAAAGGAGAACACCCAGUGCCCUCAAGCUCCUCCCUGCUCCUGUGACAACUGCCGCUACCCUGCCGCCGACCAGUGCUCCACUUUCUGGCAGUGCGAGAAUGGCAAGGCGGUGAAGCACUAUUGUAGCAGCGGACUCCUGUUCAACCGCGAUACCUCCCAGUGUGACCUGGCUAUUAACGUGGACUGCAGUGAGGGGGCGUGGGAGAUCGGUUCUUUUACCGAGACAGCCUGUGUCGACCACCGGAGCGACUGUGAUGUCUUUGUGAAAGAGGGAGGAUGCACCUGUCAAGGAGACGUGUGUGACUGGCAGACGUUCGUCCUUCACAAUUGCCCCAAGUCGUGUGGCAACUGCAAAGAUGGAAAGGCUGUGAGGAAGAGAGAGUUUUCCUUUGCAUCAGAUGAAAAAGUAGUUUCCCAUAAACACAAGCACCCAGGAAGCAAAGAACACGGAAGCAAGGAGUCUGGAAGCAAGGAGUCUGGAAGCAAAGAAUCUGGAAGUAAGGAGUCUGGAAGCAAGGAGUCUGGAAGCAAUGAGUCUGGAAGUAAGGAGUCUGGAAGCAAAGAGCAUGGAAGUAAGGAGUCUGGAAGCAAGGAGUCUGGAAGCAAGGAGUCUGGAAGUAAGGAGUCUGGAAGCAAAGAGUCUGGAAGUAAGGAGUCUGGAAGCAAGGAGUCUGGAAGCAAGGAGUCUGGAAGCAAAGAGUCUGGAAGCAAGGAGUCUGGAAGCAAGGAGUCUGGGAGUAAGGAGUCUGGAAGCAAGGAGUCUGGGAGUAAGGAGUCUGGGAGUAAGGAGUCUGGGAGUAAGGAGUCCGGAAGCAAAGAAAGCAACGGGAGUGGUGAAGGCAGUGGAGAAAAUGGUAACGGAGGAAAUGGAAAUGGUGACAACGGUGGCAACGGCGGUGAUGGAGGCAUUCACAUUGUUGAUGGUUGCGUCGUCAACUGCACCAAUGCCAAGUAUUUGCCACAUCCGACGGAUUGCCGCAAGUUCAUCCAGUGUUUGCCAUAUCAGGAGAUAAAUUGUGCCCCCUAUUCUGUAUGGGAGCAAAGUGAGCUCAGUUGCAACCAUGAGAGCUUAACACCUUGCAUCCCUGGCAACUACCUGACUCCUGAAGGCAAGCCAUGUGGUGGUAGUAAUGGUGAUGGUGGCAAUGGUGGAGAUGGAGGUGAUGGUGGCAAUGGUGGCGAUGGUGGAAAUGGUAAUGGUGGAGAUGGUGGAAAUGGUGGAGAUGGUGGAAAUGGUGGAGAUGGCAAUGGUGGAGAUGGUGGCAAUGGAGGAGGUGGUGGUGAUGGUGGAGAUGGCAAUGGUGGAGAUGGUGGCAAUGGAGGAGGUGGUGGUGAUGGCGGAGAUGGCAAUGGUGGAGAUGGUGGCAAUGGAGGAGGUGGUGGUGAUGGUGGAGAUGGCAAUAGUGGAGAUGGUGGCAAUGGAGGCGAUGGUGGUAAUGGUGGAGAUGGCAAUGGUGGAGAUGGUGGCAAUGGAGGAGGUGGUGGUGAUGGUGGAGAUGGCAAUGGUGGAGAUGGUGGCAAUGGAGGAGGUGGUGGUGAUGGUGGAGAUGGCAAUGGUGGAGAUGGUGGCAUUGGAGGCGAUGGUGGUAAUGGUGGAGAUGGCAAUGGUGGAGAUGGUGGUAAUGGUGGAGAUGGUGGUAAUGGUGGAAAUGGUGAUAAUGGUGGCGAUGGUGGCAGUGGAGGCGGCGGCGGCCACGUCAUUGAUGGCUGUGUCAUUAACUGCACCCUUGGCAAGUACCUGCCACAUCCGACUGACUGCCGGAAGUUCAUCCAGUGCGCGCCCUACGGACCUCAGGAGAUGCCCUGCGCCCCAGGCACUGUCUGGCAACAGAGCAAGCUGACCUGCAACCAUGAAGGUGCCACGCCUUGUGUCACCGGCAACUACCUGACUCCUGAAGGCAAGCCGUGUGGUGGAAGUGGUGGUGGGGGUGGUGGUAGUGGUGGUAGUGGUUGCGAUGGUGCUGGUGGUGGAAAUAAUGGUGGAGAUGAUGGCAAUGGAGGAGGUGGCGGUGAUAGUGGAGAUGGUGGAAAUGGAGGAGAUGGAGGUAAUGGUGGAAAUGGUGGUAAUGGAGGAGGUGGUGAUAAUGGUGGAGAUGGUGGUAAUGGUGGUGAUGGUGGAGAUGGUGGCAAUGGUGGAGGUGGUGAUAAUGGAGGAGGUGGCGGAGAUGAAGUAUGCAAAGAUAAGGUUGCUGACUGCAAGUACUGGGCUGCAAAUAAGGACUGUGUUUGCAAGUCGACUGACGGAGACUGUUCGUGGCAGAAGUAUGUUGCAAACAACUGUCCAAAGAGUUGUGGUAAAUGCAACAAUGACAAUGGAGGAAAUGGCAAUGGUGGUAAUGGUGGAGAUGGUGGUAAUGGUGGCGAUGGUGGCAGUGGAGGCGGCGGUGGCCACGUCAUUGACGGCUGUGCCAUUAACUGCACCCUUGGCAAGUACCUGCCACAUCCGACUGACUGCCGGAAGUUCAUCCAAUGCGCGCCCUACGGACCUCAGGAGAUGCCCUGCGCCCCAGGCACUGUCUGGCAACAGAGCAAGCUGACCUGCAACCAUGAAGGCGCCACACCUUGUGUCACCGGCAACUACCUGACUCCUGAAGGCAAGCCGUGUGGUGGAGGCAGCGGUGGUGACGGUGGAGACGGAGGAAGCGGAGGUGACGGUGGAAAUGGUAAUGGUGGAGAUGGUGGCAACAGUGGAGGUGGUGGUAAUGGUGGAAGUGGAGGUGGUGGUAAUGGUGGAAGUGGUAAUGGUGGAGACGGUGGCAAUGGAGGAGAUGGUGGAAAUGGUAAUGAUGGAGGUGAUGGCAAUGGUGGAGAUGGUGGCAAUGGUGGAGAUGGUGGUAAUGGUGGCAAAUAUGUUGCAAAGAACUGUCCAAAGAGUUGUGGUAAAUGCAACAAUGACAAUGGAGGAAAUGGCAAUGGUGGUAAUGGUGGAGAUGGUGGUAAUGGUGGCAAUGGUGGCAGUGGAGGCGGCGGCGGCCACGUCAUUGACGGCUGUGCCAUUAACUGCACCCUUGGCAAGUACCUGCCACAUCCGACUGACUGCCGGAAGUUCAUCCAGUGUGCGCCCUACGGACCUCAGGAGAUGCCCUGCGCCCCAGGCACUGUCUGGCAACAGAGCAAGCUGACCUGCAACCAUGAAGGCGCCACGCCUUGUGUCACCGGCAACUACCUGACUCCUGAAGGCAAGCCGUGUGGUGGAGGCAGCGGCGGUAGUGGUGGAGACGGUGGAAGCGGAGGUGACGGUGGAAAUGGUAGUGGUGGAGAUGGUGGCAAUGAUGGAGGUGGUGGUAAUGGUGGAAAUGGCAAUGGUGGAGAUGGUGGCAAUGGAGGAGAUGGAGGAGAUGGUGGAAAUGGUAGUGGUGGAGAUGGUGGCAACGGAGGAGGUGGUGGCGAUGGUGGAGAUGGCAAUGGUGGAGAUGAUGGCAAUGGUGGUAGUGGUAAUGGUGGAGAUGGUGGUAAUGGUGGAGAUGGUGGUAAUGGUGGUGAUGGAGAUGGUGGAGGUGGUGGUAAUGGUGGAGAUGGU